UGAUCGCAUCGGCGCGUAUUAUCCGCCGCGGGAGAGAAAUUGGCGGAACCCUUUCCCGUUGUUCCGCUUCUCGUUUGCGUCGCACAAUGCAAUCGCACGCGCGCGCUCUCUCGCAGCGUGCGACUCCACGCGCCAAGUCGCUCGCGUUGUCAUUUGAGAGGAAUGCGACGCACGUAUACGCCUCUAUCAUCAUUAUUAAGGAGCAUAACGCGGCGCGUGAUGUCACCGUAAUGAUCUGUUAUAUCUGAAUUACUCUGAUGUUCUUGGCCUUCUGUUGGCCUGUGACAAUGCGGGAGAAGAAGGGCGGCGCUCUCAGCAGAGUGCAGAAACUAAAGAAACGCCUCAGUCACAGCUUUGGACGGCUUUCUAUAUCAAAAGAAGAGGCUGACGAUGUAGCAACCAGAGGUCAAUUGCCAUAUAAUGGUUAUUCUGAGGAGUUCCUAGACCGCUUGGAGCCGAAUGGCAACAUACCUGCGGACAAAGAUCGUCGUUAUGAAUGGACAGGUGUGGGCGAUCACGAGAGAGUGCAUCGGCAGCUUUCGGUUUCUAGCGAUUCAAAGCUUCUUGAUGAAGAUAUACGGGAGGAAGCUAGGGUAAUUCUGCGGCCCCGACGUCCACCGCGGCCGAAAUCUGAGGUUUUCCUUGGUCCGGACCCACCUAGAAGAACUAAAAGAUUCUCCGCUUUUGGGGGAGAUUCGCCGUUCGGUAAAUCCGAAGCUUAUAUAAAACUGGAGCAGUUGGGAGAGGGAUCAUAUGCCACAGUGUUCAAAGGCUACAGCCAUCUCACUAAUCAAGUGGUGGCUCUUAAAGAAAUUAGACUGCAAGAGGAGGAAGGAGCUCCGUUUACUGCCAUUCGCGAGGCAAGUCUCCUCAAAGAGUUAAAGCAUAGCAAUAUCGUGACUUUACACGAUAUCAUUCAUACCCGCGAGACGCUCACCUUCGUGUUUGAAUACGUUCACACCGAUCUAUCGCAAUAUAUGGAGAGGUAUGGAAGCGGGAACGGAGGAUUGGAUCCGCGUAAUGUUAAAUUGUUUCUUUUUCAACUAUUGAGAGGGCUGGCGUACUGUCACCGCAGGAGGGUACUGCACAGGGAUGUAAAGCCACAGAAUUUAUUAAUCAGCGAAAUAGGAGAACUUAAAUUGGCAGACUUUGGGCUAGCAAGGGCCAAAUCCGUGCCAUCGCAUACAUACUCACACGAAGUCGUGACCUUAUGGUAUAGACCGCCCGACGUUCUUUUAGGUUCCACAGAGUACUCCACCUCGCUCGACAUGUGGGGAGUAGGUUGCAUAUUUGUGGAAAUGUUAACUGGCGAACCGACAUUCCCAGGUGUACGCUGUACGUACGACCAACUCGAUAAGAUAUUUAAAGUGUUGGGCACGCCUACCGAGGAGACUUGGCCAGGUGUCACGCACCUGCCCGGGUACAAGGCGCAUAGACUGAUAUUUUAUCCACCGCGGAAACUGGGACUCUCGUUUCCCCGGCUUUACGAUAUCGCCGAGGGCGACAGUAUGGCGUCGUCGCUCCUGCAACUGAAUCCCGAUCAGCGGAUAGGAGCGGAGGAAGCGUUACGACAUCCCUAUUUCGCCUCUCUUCCUAGGAAACUAUAUGAAUUACCUGAUGAAGUGUCGAUAUUCAGCGUAGAAGGUUGUCACUUGUAUACAAACUCGAGGCACGGGUGCGCGGACUCGCGUCACACGACUCUUAAGACUUGAGGUUAAAGCAAACGUUAAAAAGAGUAAAUUAUAAGUAAAUUCGCAAUUUACACAUUGAGUGAAACAUUCAUCCUCAUGAGAUUCAUACGCGUGGAUGCACGCGCGCGCGCGCGUGCACACACACACACAUACACACACGCAACACAAAACAAAACAAAUGUAUACACGACAGAUUUACACACAUAUACACACAAUAGAUACACAUAUAGACACCCACACGGAUACAUAGGCGCACAUGCACUACUCCCAGAUGCGUUGUUCGCUCUCUCUCAGGGCUGCUCCAUGAUUUCCGCCACUGUUCUUUUUACACACUCGCAAUAAUAAUAUUCUUUUUCUCCUUCUUUUCGAGAAUAUACGUAUCGAGUAAAUUAAUUAUUAACGAAGAUAAAUCGUAAUUCUGGUCAAGGAAACAAGAAAGUAAAGCUUACGGCUACAAGUAAAAAAAAAAGAUUAUAAGAACUUGCGCACGCUCGAUUUAGGAAGCAAAAGCACGCACGACCCAUCCUCGCACUUCGUCCAAAUACUAGAUUUAGAUCGAUACCAAUCAAAAAGAAAAAAAAAGGAUACCAUACCGCCGCCCUGCGUCUCCCCCGAUCCCAGCCCAAGCCAAGUAGGGCGGACGGUCGCUGGUUAGCAAAACUAUUACGAAGUAAUUAUUACUUAUCUUAGAAAAAUUGUGGAAGACCUGUAGCACUUUAUAUAAACGAACUUUACUGCUGUUUCGAACACGAUGUUGGUCGCUAGGACAGUUGAGAAUAUUGAUAGAUAAAAAAAUAGGGAACCGUUGUUCGAGUUAAAUUUAUUGUUAGACGUGAUGAUAGCGUGUAAGGUAUUAGAAGUUUAGGGGAGAAAAAAAUAACAGCGCGUCAGUAUUAGUCAAGUGCCAUAGUAGCCAACAUCGCGAGAUGCAGCGAGAGAAAACUAACUGAACGCUCAUCGUUAAUAACGUUAAUACCCGAUUGUAGUGAUCUAGACGUAAGUGAUUAGCAUUAGAUCGUAUUUAAUAUCAAUCGAAGUUUAUCGACAAUGUCGCAACAUAGCGUAAAAUGAUAGCAAAUCGAGACCGAGAAGGAGAGAAAGAGAGAGAGAGGAAGGGAGAAACGUGGUAGCGAUUUUAGACUUGUCGAAAUUUUAUUUGUCCAAUUUGCUUUUAAUUACUAUUGACAUUAGCCAAAUAUGGUGCUCGAGCUGUAAACUGUGACAUAUACGAUCGAUCUCGUACUCGUGAUAUAAUUAUUUAACGAGUAUCCGUUCGAUUUUCUAAAAACUACCGGAUAAAAUAGCGUUGGCAAUAGUAGAAGUAGGGAAAUGUAAAGAAGAAAGAUACAAACGGCGUUACAGUUCUUCCAAAUUUUGUCUAAGCUACAAUUGAACGAUUAUUGCGGUAAUAUUACUCCUUUUCGUAGGUUACAUUUAUACCGAUUUUUCAGCACACUUAUUAAAAAAAGAAAAAUAUAUCAACGAGGUGAAAGUAAAUGAAAGGAGGAGGAGUUUCGAAGAGAUUUGAAAGACGCUAUUGCUAUUUACUACCGAUUAUUGCGUUUAUUUCGGUAGAUUGUAUAUAGAAUUACCAGAUUCGUAUUAUCGACGACGCUGAGAUAGCUGAGUCGAGAUAAUAAAUGUGACUUUGUAAUAAAUUCAAAUGUAUGGUACUCUGGACCCUGUUCAUCCUUAACCCGGCAGUGGUACCACAGGGCUAGGCGAAAUAUCCGGCGAAAGAAAAAUUGCGCUCCAAGUGCAAUCCAAAAUUAACAUUUUCGACACAAGCUUGCAAUCGCUCUAUGAGAGUAUACACGUUUAAAUUACUCUCCGCACUGAAACGCCAAAUGCUGUAAAGAAAAAAAAAAGUUAUAUUUCGUCUACAUAAAAUACAGUUAUAAAGAUUUAUUUUUACAUCUUGCGAAAAAGUGUCGGUCUUACGUGAAAAUGUCGGUAAGCCAUGAUAAAUCCUGCAACGAAGAUGCAAAUUGGGAUUUCGAAAUGUUACAUUUCCUUUUUGUACUCGCGUGGCACGGAACGCGUGUAAGAAACAUUUUCUCUCAUUGAAUGAGAAUUUUCAUUUAUUUAAUUUCUCUAUCGUCAUAGAUCGUUUCCUUUACUGUAAAUAGGUUGCAGUUCCAAUAUAUUUCUUAUUAUCUUGACGUUACUACUGUUAUUAUUCGUAUCACUUUUUUUUUGUCAAAGUUAAAUAUACGUAAUGUUAAAUUAAGCUUGUUUAGACGUUUAAGAUUCUCCGUUUCUUAUCCUGCCAUUUUCGUGAAAAACGGGCAUUUAUAGAAUGGGUUAAGUAGGUUGAUACCGUCAUGUUGAUAAGUGUAAUUUCCUAUGUUUACGGAAUUUUAAGAGAUAUUCCGGUAGAUUGGUUUUUAGGAAGCGGUGCUAAUACUUUUUUACUCUAGUGUGAAAUUUGUAACUUAUCCCAUCCUAUGGAUGGUAACUUCGAAUUUUGUUUCUAGAAGGAAAUAUUCAAACGUUGAUUGUAAAUAUUAACGUGUAAACAUGAAUUCGUUUACAUCGAUCUCAAUAAAUGUAAAAAUAGAGAAAGAAGAAAGUUAAAGUGUCAGUGAGUCUUUUUUUUAUACGUAGAAAAAUUGGUCUCUUAUUCAUAUUACAUAAAUUCCAGGCGUACAUAUCAAAAUGUCUUUUCAACUAGAUUUUUGUUUCCUAAUCCUAUUUAAGUAUAUUUAUUGUUUUAUUUAUUAAAUACGUGAAAAAUGUACACGAUAUUUUUCAAGAACAAUUAGGUUUCAAAUACAAAUAUAGGUAUACAACUAGAUUGAUUUUAAAAAUCAAGAGGAAUAAUGCGAAAAACGUAAAUAUAAAGAUGGACUUUUAUUAUAAAUUUUGCGUAUAUAAGAAUAUUUGUGUGUGUGCGUGUGUGUGUGCGCGUAUAUUCAUUCACCCGCUCGUGUAUGUGUUUUACAUUCUGAUAUUUUGAGGUAAAGUUUGCUUAAUUCCACACUUGGAUGCAUUUAUCAGUCUCUUCUUAAAAGUUAGUUUUUCUUAGUUUUUAAUUAAUAUUUUUAAACAAUAGGUAUAUAUAAAUCUUCAAAAGUGACAGUUAUCUGCAAGCAAAUUAUAAAAAUUUUAUAUGGGUCUCUAGAAACUCCGUCGUAUCGAUAAAUUCUACCACUGCCGAGUUAAACGUCUACCAUACAUACACGUUCCGUUUAAUUUUCUAAAGAUAUACAAAAACUUUUGUAGCUUCAAUAUGUACUUACGUUGUUUAAGUAUCCGAUUUUGUACGCGUACAAAAUCCCCCGGUCUUCAAACAUGUACAUUUUAUUUGUAAAUUUUUUUUAUAUAAGAAAUCGCGAAUAUCGAGACCGCAGCGGAAUUGCGCGUCGAGAAAGAUUUAAAAAUGAAGAGGGAAGAGGAAGGAAUUACGUUUUCGCGCAUAGAUUUUGCGUUCGAAAGUGGACAUUUUCUUGAACACCUCGCGUCGUUAGGAACAUGUGGUAUUUACAUAUGUCUGACGAUUAGACCGAUUGAUGAUUCCGAUUUUACUCGGAAGCGUCAAGUUGAACGUAUUGUGCCUGUGCUACAAAUAUUUGAAAUAAUAAAGAUACAACUCUCGCUACAUA